CACACACGAAAUGUUGUGCAAAUUGCAAGCGCAACGCUAUCUAUGGCUUUUCAUUUAUACUAAAAAACAUAUGCAACACACACGAAAUGUUGUGCAAAUUGCAAGCGCAACGCUAUGGCUUUUCAACCAACGAUGGCACACGGAAUUGGAAAUACACAAAUCAUUAUUCAUUAAUAGCCUAUAUAUACCUCUCCACCACCCCAUCCCCCAGAAACUCCUCUCUCUCUCUCUCCAUCCUCUGUUUCCUCUUCUCCUCUUAACACAUUUAUCUUCUAUACAUAACAAUUCACGCAUUACCAUAAUGGGAAAACUUUGCUUCCAUAUUCUCUUCCUAAUUCUUUCCAAUUCCUUUAUAGCAGAAGUUUAUUCAACAGCCACAUUCACGUUCGUAAACAAAUGCCAGUUCACAGUGUGGCCAGGCAUUCUGUCCAACGCCGGAAUCUCGCCGCUCUCCACUACCGGCUUCGUGCUGCAGACUGGCGAAUCCAGAAUCAUCAACGCGCCCUCCUCCUGGGGCGGCCGAUUUUGGGGGCGCACGCACUGCUCCGAAGAUCCGACCGGAAAAUUCUCCUGCCUAACCGGCGACUGCGGCUCCGGGAAGCUGGAAUGCGCCGGCGGCGGCGCUGCGCCCCCCGCGACACUGGCCGAGUUCACACUCGACGGCGACGCCGGGAAGGAUUUCUACGACCUCAGCCUCGUGGACGGCUACAACCUGCCGAUGAUGGUGGCGCCGCAGGGAGGCUCCGGCACCAACUGCACCAAGGCGGAGUGCGUGGCGGACCUCAACAGCGAGUGCCCGCCGGAGCUGCGCUUGACAAGCUCCGCCGGUGAGGGCGUGGCGUGCAAGAGCGCGUGCGAGGCGUUCCGCAGCGAGCAGUACUGCUGCAGCGGCGCGUACGGCACACCGGCCGCGUGCAAGCCAUCGCAGUACGCGCAGACGUUCAAACGCGCGUGCCCGCAAGCGUACAGCUACGCGUAUGACGAUCUCACCAGCACCUUCACUUGCAUCGCCGCCGACUACAUUAUAACCUUCUGCCCCUCGCCUAACACCAGUCAAAAAUCUUCAUCCGGAUCGGGCAGCGGGCAGAACCCGGGAUCGGCCAAUUCACCGUUCGACGGGAACAUGGUGUACGAAGGUGCGUUGGACGUGAGCUCUGCCUCUGCGUCGUCCACGUGUGCGCACGUGGUGGGCGGAGCCGUCGCCGUCGUGGCGGCAAUGUGGCGGUGGAGUCAUUUUUACUAAAAAAAUACUUUUGGACUGGGCCCGUUUAUUAAUACAGGUAGGGGCGGGUCGUGUGGCCCAUGUGACGAGGCGAUGAGUCACCCGAUGCCCAAUACCAACCGAAUUCAAUAAUUGAAAAUUCUUGAAAGGAAAUUUAAAAAAAUAGUAGUAGUAGGAGUUUAGUUAUGAGGGGCCCCUAAAAAAAAGUUUAGUUUUGAAGGGUUAAUAGUAGGGUUACGAGCAAAGCUCACCACAGAAGGAUUAUUUUGACACGAUUUGGUGGUUGGGGUAUAUUCUUUUUGAGGAAAUUUUAUUAUUGAAAUUGGGUGAUAGUGAUUAGUAUUCAUUUUCGCAGCUUAGAAAAAUAGUUUGUAAAAUCAAUAUAUUAUUAAGAUAAUUUGUAGUGUUCAUAUUUUUCAUUCGUUCA